UCUGGAGAGCCCGACCGAGGGGCCUUCUGCUGCCUCCUUUGACUUCAAUCAUGCGAACAGAAAGCAUGCGGACAGACGGCUGGCUGAGGCUGCCAACAGCGUGUCGGCUCACUUCCAUCACGCACCAUCUUCCUCGCGAAAGAGGACAUCCUUAGUGGAGGCUCAUCCUUUUCCAGACUCUGGAGCAGUGGAGGCAGAUGAUCCUAACACACUGGAUCACUUCAACCGACCAGGCAAAAUAAUCCCCUAUAAACAUACUGAUCCCGUGAGAAAGGUCACCAAACCCUCCUGGGUCACCAACCGGCAGUCGUCCAGCUUGCCGUACGACUUCAGCGCGCUGAAGAAAGAUGGUGAUAAGGAGAAGGCAUGUCUGACCGAGUGCAGGAGAGAGAGAGACGAGGUGGAGGCCUACUGCGCGAGUGAAUUCGCAGUGAACGGAAUUGUUUAUAACAUGGAAAGACUGGGGAAUGGAGUCCACUUGAUUACGCUUUUGGUAAACAGCGAUGGAUUAUACAAGAUGAGUCGCCUGUAUAUUACUCCUGAUGGCUUCUUCUUUCGAGUUCACAUUCUAGUUGUGGAUACUUUAAACUGCAGUAAACCAUGUCCGGACUUUAAACUUGGCAGCAGAUACAUUGUGAUGGGUCGGAUCUACCACAAGAGACGACAGAUCCCUGCAAACCUGCUGGAGUUCCUGCGAGGGCGCCUGAGGCCAGGGGACGGCUUGCUUCGAAGCAGCAGCAGCUACGUGAAGAGAUUCAACAGGAAGAGGAACGGCAAAGUGCAAGCGGCUCACACUAAAUGCAGCUAAGGCUCCGGUAACCUCCGCGCAGGACACGGGCAGCAGCAGAUU